UGAAACAAAUCAGGGCGUAUUACUUUCAAUGUAAACAGUAAUUAACGGUACAGUAUGAAUGAUAAUUAUACUAUUGAAACUACAACCAAAGGGUGACAAAGUUGUAAAAGGUGCUCAGCAGUUAAAGUGAGACCUGUCAGCUGAGGGUAAAAUAAUGAUGAUUCCAUCUAGUGAAACAAACCCUGAGUCUUUGACCAUAUCACAAGUAAAACUUAUCAAUCACAUCGUGCUGACAUACUUUCUUGGAGCAUAUACCAUGUGUAGAGUGAUGAAUAGAACUGAAAAGGCGAUCAACGUUCCAAUAAGUGAAAUACCGAUAGCAAUUGUUCAGAUACAACAUGGGAUGGUUGAGACAAUCGAUCUUGGAUGUUCCGUUUUUUGGAUCGAAGAAGAUGCCUUGUUUCGAUUUUUGGAAGACUUCUUUAAAAUCCACGAUGCGGCACGGUUUCGAUGUUCGACGAAAUACUUCAUGGUUAUGGUUCAAUCGAACGAUGUAGAUCACAUGGAAGUAAUCGGAAGCAUCCUUAAGUAUCCUGCUCUGAAUGAUAUGCCUAAUUUUUUGAUGAUUACUCCAAGCAAUGAAACAUUCAAACUUGGUACACAUCGCUUUGUUGGUAACUUCCCAGAGUCUUCCGAAUACAUAUUGCUGGACGAAUACAGUAUCGAACGAAACACAUUCGUUCACAGGAACAACCUUUUCCCUGACAAAUUGAGUGACCUCAUGGGUAAAACAUUAAAAGCAGCUUCAUUUUACCUUGUACCAUGGUUUAUGAUGCGCCAAGAGGACGAUGGAAUUAUCACCUUUCGAAAUCAGUCCUAUACUGCCGAUGGAUCGGACGGAUUUUUCAUGAUUCAAUUUUGCUUGCGGUACAACUGCACAUGGGAAUUGCACAUAGAUGACAGGUAUCUAUACGGACAAGUAUUUGAAAACGGUACUGGCAACGGAAUGUUCGGAGCCUUGUUGGACCGCAAAGUGGAUUUUGCAAUUGGAGGAGUCGGUGCAUAUUUCAGUAUGUUCAAAUAUUUUAGCCUAUCAAAACCAAUUCGAUGGGCUGCCGUGUCUUGUUUAACAGCUAAACCUAGAUUGGUACCGUAUUGGAAGUUCAUAUUUAUAGUCUUCUCACCAUCAAUCUGGAAAAUCUUAAUGAUGAUUUUCAUACUAUUAACGACUUGUCUUUACCUAGCGGAGAGAAGAACUGAAAACUUCAAAAACAAGGGUUAUAUCUGGGUCUUUCUGAAAGUUCUUAAAACCUUCAUUCUGGCUUCAGGCGAUCUAUACAGAACCAAUGCUUCUAGUAUAAUACUGAUAACCUCCCUUCUCAUAUUCACUGUCAUUAUUGGAAACGUUUAUAUCGGACAAAUUCACAGCAUACUGACUCUUCCUCCUUAUCAACCUUCGAUAAGCACUGUGGAGGAUCUGAUCAGAAGCGGACUUCGAUUGAUAGAACGUCAUCCGAUAUGGAUGUAUGCCAUCGAUGGAUCCAAUAACCCCAAGGAUCUGAAGCUGAUGGCCCAGUUCCAGGUUGUCUCUCCAGAGCGGAUGUCGGAAAUAGCGGACAACGGAAGGGAGGCUAUUAUGAUAGCAUUACUCGAGGAUGGCCACUCCAUGGUGAACAAUGCAAUCAAUGCGCAGAACAUCAAACACUACCGAAUCAUGAGCGAACAGUUAUACUUCGAGUACGAAAUAGCCUACACCACCAAGACAUGGCCCCUGUUGGAUAGAAUCGAUUCCAUGAGUUUGCGAGCUCGUGAUGCCUGCCUGUUUCGGCACAUGGAACAAGUCAUGGUCGAUCGGUACAUGGACUACUGGGUCCAGGUAUCGAUCGAGCAUUCCCGAGAAAGACCUCAUGUUCAGCUGCAAAAAAUGGUGCUCGAAGAGAUUUCCGGUGCUUUGAUGAUCCUUGGUGUAGGACAGACGGCUGCAGCUGUGGCAUUUAUUUUGGAGAAUGUUUUAUAUUAUGGUAUGCGUUCUGGAAAGAAGCUAUUUAAGCAUAUCACAAAUUCCGUGCGUCCAAUGCAUCCAACAAAAACCUAAUAUACCGUCAAGCUACCAUUCACCGUGUAUUUAAGAAAAAUUCGCACUUCUAAAAAUUAUAUAACUUUUCCAAAUAAUUUGAAGCGUAAUAAAAUACCACUAUGUAGCGCGCAAUUAUAUCAUAAUUCCGGGAAAAAUCUAAAAC